AUGAAAUCAUUUAUUCAUCUGAUUAAGAUAGACUUCAAUAAUAAUAAUCUUAUUAUGAUGGAUAUAGUCAUAAUGACAGCACUAAACGGGGCCUUCCGGGAUAGCCUUAUCAACCCCAAAUAA